AUGGAGCAAAGAAGAGCUGGUGAAACUUUAACGGAAAUCGUUAAUGACCUUCUUUCUUACGAUGAAAACUGUUAUAAACGUGUUCUCGAACUCUACUUUCUUGAUGAUGCCAAGUUAAGCCAUCCUCUUUUAAAUGUUGAGGGAACACAUAAUAUUCGCAAAGUUUUUCGAGUCGGUACAACAGCUGUAAUUCAGGUUAUGCAACACUUAAACCCUAGGGUUCUUCCCUUCAUUGACAUCAAGGUUCCUUCGGUUACAAUCUUAAGGUUCAAAAAGUGUGAUGAUGGCUUACUUUACAUUGAAAAGCAAGAAGAUAAUUGGACCCUUGAGGGUCUUAUUAAAAGCGUUCCUUUAGUUAAUUGGUGGUAUGAUUGUGUGGUACGCGUUGUUGUUGGUGACCUCGUUGCUCGUGCCGGAUCUUUUCUUGCAACCGCAAACCAAGCAACUUCCAAUUUAGCUGACAAAGCUAGUCAAAUAAGAGAUAACAGCUCAUCAGCCAUCGCUCAAGGACAAAAUACGGCGAAGGAGUACUUCAGUCCAACUAUUAAUAAAGUUCAAGGUAUUUUAACCGAUGGUUUAUCAAAGAGUCAAGACGUUGUUGACCAUGCUAAAAGUGCUAUUUGGAAUGCCCAACAAGGCGUCAAAGAUCAGUUCUCAAAAGUUUAUUCCAACGGAAACAUUCAGCCUUCAACUCCUGAGAUGACUGCACAUUAA